GUGAAGCGGUGCGUCACUUGCGUCANUCCCGUGAAGGGACAAACCGAUCAGUUCGUUAUCACUUAUGGACGAGAAAUUGCUCUGAUAACGUGGGACGGUGAGAGCGAAAAAGUCGCAAGCCUGAAGAUAUUGCAUGAAGUGGAUGAAAACACAGAGAAUGUUUUUAAUGAUGGAAAGUGUGAUCCAUCAGGAAGACUUUGGACAGGUACCAUGGGGGUCGCGCCGCCAGACGAUGAUAUUCCUGACGGGAAAGGCAACUUUUACAGUUUAAAAAAUGGAAAAGUAACCAAACAUCUUACCAAAAUAGGGAUUUCCAAUGGAAUUGCUAUUGACGUUGCUGCAAACAAAUUUUACUACGCUGACUCUUAUAGGGGUACACUCGACCAAUACGACUUUGACAUCAAAGAAGGGACUAUAA